AACUAAAUCUCCACUGGUUUCCUUCUCCGCCACACGCCUCAAACACCCCGCGCACGGAUGACGUCGAAGUGACUGAAUGUCGUUUGGGGCGGCGCGUGAGUGAAAUUGCUGUUUCCACAGUCCGUGUUCACUGCGGAGCGGGACUUGGGUUUGUUCAUUGCAGAACCAAUGACUGGAAUAGUCUGAUAUCUUCCAUCCAUCAGUCAAGAUGUCAAAAAGGCCAUCAUACGCACCCCCCCCUGCCCCUGCCCCCACAACACAAAUGCCCAACACCCCAGGGUUUGUGGGGUACAACCCAUACAGCCAUCUGGCCUACAACAACUACAGGCUGGGAGGGAACCCAGGCAGCAACAGCCGGGUAACGAACUCAUCAGGAAUUGCAAUUCCAAAGCCGCCAAAGCCCCCAGACAAGCCCCUGAUGCCAUAUAUGCGAUACAGUAGAAAAGUUUGGGACCAAGUAAAAGCCUCCAAUCCAGAUCUGAAGCUAUGGGAAAUUGGGAAGAUUAUCGGUGGCAUGUGGAGAGACCUCACUGAUGAGGAGAAACAGGAAUACUUGAAUGAAUACGAAGCAGAGAAGAUAGAGUAUAAUGAGAACAUGAAAGCCUACCACAACUCCCCGGCCUAUCUGGCCUAUGUCAACGCUAAGAGUCGUGCCGAGGCUGCCCUGGAGGAGGAGAGCCGGCAGCGUCAGUCUCGCCUUGACAAAGGAGAGCCCUAUAUGAGUAUCCAGCCUGCCGAGGAUCCUGAUGACUAUGAUGAUGGCUUCUCCAUGAAACACACUGCUGCUGCCCGAUUUCAGCGUAACCACAGGCUCAUCAGUGAGAUUCUCAGUGACAGCGUGGUCCCAGAUGUGCGCUCUGUUGUUACCACUGCCCGUAUGCAGGUCUUGAAGCGCCAAGUUCAAUCGCUUAUGGUGCACCAGAGAAAGCUUGAAGCAGAGCUACUUCAGAUUGAGGACCGCCAUCAGGAGAAAAAAAGGAAGUUCCUUGAGACAACGGAGUCUUUCACCAAUGAGCUUAAGCGGCUGUGCAGCAUGAAGGUGGAGGUGGACAUGGAGAAGAUUGCGGCUGACAUUGCAGCCGCAGAGGAAGCGGCACGGAAGCGGGCGGAGGAGCGAGAGAAGGAGACAGCAGAGCAGGCCGAGAGGUCGGCCAUUGCUCCCGCCUCUGAGGAGGAGCAGCAGGCCGGUGCUCUGCGGACAAAGCAAAGCCAAGAAAUGAGUGAUGAUGGCAGUGAGAAAAAAGAGGAGGAGGAUGAAGCUGCUGGUGCUGAUGCAGCAGAACCGCAGGGGGCUGAAGCAUCUGAGAGCCAGCAAACCUCGCGUGAAACUUCCACCACCGAGAGCAAAGAUGACGGACCAGAGAGGGCUGAGAGCGUCACUGAAGAAGGAACCAGUGACAGUAACACGGGCUCUGAGAGUGUUCCCCCGGAAGAUCCUUCAUCGCUGGAGCCGGUUGCUGUGGGGCUUAACAGCAAGCCUGAAUGAUGUGCAUAUGUCUGUGUGUACAUAUGUAUGUAUGUCUGUGUGAUUCCUUCCAACUGGCGAAUCCCAAAUUAUUGACAAAAAUGGGCACAUGCCUUUUAAAUUGACCUUUAUUUUCCCCAUAAGCAGUUCAGUAAUUACCCCUCAUGUUACCAUUAUUGAGAUUUCAUAAUGUUGAUGUUUUUAUUUGUGUUGUGUGUGUGUGUGUGUGUGUGUGUGUGUGUGUGUGUGUGUGUGUGUGUGUGUGUGUGUGUGUGUGUGUGUGUGUGUGUGUGUGUGUGUGUAAAUGUGCGCUCAUUCAAUUUUAUACAGGCAGAGAAUGUCAUCCAGUUUCAUAUCAAGUGUUUUGGGCCAGGCCUAAUGGACUUAACUUGCUACUAAAUUCAAGGGAAGUUACCUCAUCUCCAGAAUUUAUGAAGAUAAUGAAAUUUAUUCAUCUUUGACCUAGAUUUCUCUGCCUUUUUAAACUUUAGAGUAACAAAGUAGCAUUUGUGGCCUAGUACAUUUUGGUAUUUCCAAAUGUCAGUGGGAUGACUGUCAAGUGUAAUGGUGCACAUUUACUACAGUAGUGAAUAUGUUGUCAUUUUUUUAUGCUUCAGUCAGAACUAAACCCAUGAUACCUUCAAAUAAAGUAGUUUUUGACAA